AUGGACAUGGAAAAUGCUAACCGUCCGGCUAUCAGCAUAUGGGUAUUCUUCGCCCUAGCAGCACUUGACAUCGCAGCCAAUGCUGCCGCUGGUCCAGCUGCCGUUGCAACAGCCGCCCAUGUGAAUGGCAGUCCACUCACAGCACGGGCAUUACAGCUUGGAGCACUGGCUGGUGUUACCAAAUCGGGAAUUCUGGCUUUCGUCGAAUUUCUGGGAUAUGCAGGUUUGCCGACACCAGCUUGGGUACUGCUGGUCUUGGUGGCGAGUUGCUUUGGCAUUUGUGUAAUCAUCACAGCUGAGAUCAGCAACUUGGUGCUGGGAGAGACACCGAGCGCACUGCUUGUUGCAGCUGUUGUUGCAGCUAUCCCUUUGUGGGGUGAAUGUAUCGGUAUCUAUCAGUCGGCCGGAGGCCUGUAUGGCGGUAAACCUCAAACCCAGACCUGCAUCAUGGGACUGGAUGCCUUGGGGGGAUAUGUGUUUGCUCGGAUGGCACACAAUGGUGGUUAUGACAUCUGCUCCUAUAACGCUGCGGCUGCCGCUGGAGCAGUAUAUGGGACGAUCACCGGGGUCUUUCAUACAAUCCUUGGAUGUAUGGCCGGGUGUGCUACCUAUGAAAGCACCAACGGACAUUAUACCAUGCAUAAUGUUUUCGGGACGUCUGAAGGGUACGACAGUAAUUGGAAUCGGAAUGGACAUUUCUAA